GUGGCGCGCGCGCCAUUUCUAGUCGUUUUCAAAGCGCCUCGCGCUGGUUCUCACGGGCCCGGCUGCCGGCCCCAGCUCUGCCCUGGUGGAGAAAACCCAAGCUACAACAUGUUGAAUUAGGCACAACAGGGGCUUACUUCACACCUGUUCUUGAAGCAGAGCUAGGGAAAUUUGCAAGUCCUUCAACUGGGAUUGAGUGAUGUGUGAAUGCUCAUUCUGUUUUCAAACCAAGCCUUGAAAAUCGAUAAGAAUUGAGAGCUGAGGACUUUCAGAGUCUGUGGUGGUUUGUUGAUCUGCUCACCAGAACACAGCAGCUGCUUGUCACAGCAUAAUAAAAUGGCUAAUCAGGUGAAUGGUAAUGCGGUACAGUUAAAAGAAGAGGAAGAACCAAUGGAUACUUCCAGUGUAACUCACACAGAACACUACAAGACACUGAUAGAGGCAGGCCUCCCACAGAAGGUGGCAGAAAGACUUGAUGAAAUAUUUCAGACAGGCUUGGUAGCUUAUGUCGAUCUUGAUGAAAGAGCCAUUGAUGCUCUCAGGGAAUUUAAUGAAGAAGGAGCUCUGUCAGUGCUACAGCAGUUCAAGGAAAGUGACUUAUCACAUGUUCAGAACAAAAGUGCAUUUUUAUGUGGAGUUAUGAAGACCUACAGGCAGAGAGAGAAGCAGGGCAGCAAGGUGCAGGAGUCCACCAAGGGGCCGGAUGAAGCGAAGAUCAAGGCCUUGCUUGAGAGGACUGGCUAUACUCUGGAUGUAACCACAGGACAGAGGAAGUAUGGUGGUCCUCCACCAGAUAGUGUGUACUCUGGGGUGCAACCUGGAAUUGGAACAGAGGUCUUUGUAGGUAAAAUACCAAGAGAUUUAUAUGAAGAUGAGUUGGUGCCCCUUUUUGAGAAGGCUGGUCCCAUCUGGGAUCUACGUCUCAUGAUGGAUCCGCUGUCUGGUCAGAAUCGAGGAUAUGCAUUUAUCACCUUCUGUGGAAAGGAAGCUGCCCAGGAAGCUGUUAAACUGUGUGACAGCUAUGAAAUUCGGCCUGGUAAACACCUUGGAGUGUGCAUUUCUGUGGCAAACAACAGACUUUUUGUUGGAUCCAUUCCAAAGAAUAAGACGAAAGAAAACAUCUUGGAAGAAUUCAGUAAAGUCACAGGUUUAACAGAGGGUUUGGUGGACGUUAUUCUCUAUCAUCAACCCGAUGACAAAAAGAAGAAUCGGGGGUUCUGCUUCCUUGAAUAUGAGGAUCACAAGUCAGCAGCACAAGCCAGACGCCGGCUGAUGAGUGGAAAAGUAAAAGUAUGGGGAAAUGUAGUUACUGUUGAAUGGGCUGACCCUGUGGAAGAACCAGACCCAGAAGUCAUGGCUAAGGUGAAAGUUUUAUUUGUGAGAAACUUGGCUACUACAGUGACUGAAGAAAUACUGGAAAAGUCAUUUUCUGAAUUUGGAAAACUUGAAAGAGUAAAGAAGUUGAAAGAUUAUGCGUUUGUUCAUUUCGAAGACAGAGGAGCAGCUGUUAAGGCUAUGGAUGAAAUGAAUGGAAAAGAAAUAGAAGGGGAAGAAAUUGAAAUUGUUUUAGCUAAGCCACCAGACAAGAAAAGGAAAGAACGUCAAGCUGCUAGACAGGCCUCCAGAAGCACUGCGUAUGAAGAUUAUUAUUAUCACCCUCCACCCCGAAUGCCACCUCCAAUCAGGGGUCGAGGUCGUGGUGGAGGGAGAGGUGGAUAUGGCUACCCUCCAGAUUACUAUGGCUAUGAAGACUACUAUGAUGAUUACUAUGGUUAUGAUUAUCAUGACUAUCGUGGAGGCUAUGAAGAUCCCUACUACGGCUAUGAUGAUGGCUAUGCAGUAAGAGGAAGAGGAGGAGGAAGGGGAGGGCGAGGUGCUCCACCACCACCAAGGGGGCGGGGAGCACCACCUCCAAGAGGUAGAGCUGGCUAUUCACAGAGGGGGGCACCUUUGGGACCACCACGAGGUUCUAGGGGUGGCAGAGGGGGUCCUGCACAACAGCAGAGAGGCCGUGGUUCCCGUGGAGCUCGGGGCAAUCGUGGGGGUAAUGUAGGAGGCAAGAGAAAGGCAGACGGGUACAACCAGCCUGAUUCCAAGCGUCGUCAGACCAACAACCAACAGAACUGGGGUUCCCAGCCCAUCGCUCAGCAGCCGCUUCAGCAAGGUGGUGACUAUUCUGGUAACUAUGGUUACAAUAAUGACAACCAGGAAUUUUAUCAGGAUACUUAUGGGCAACAGUGGAAAUAGACAAGUGAGGGCUUGAAAAUGAUACUGGCAAACUACGAUUGGCUUUAGAUCUACAUUCUUCAAAAACAAAAUUGGCUUAACUGUUUCAUCUUUAAGUAGCAUUUUGCUGCCAUUUGUAUUGAGCUGAAGAAAUCACUUGUAUAUACUCAAGUCUUUUUAGUUUUCUUCUUUUCACAAAUGCUCUUGGACAUUAUUGGGCUUGCAGAGUUCCCUUAUUUUGGGGUCACAAUGCUUUUAUCGUUUCAGGCUUCAUUUUAGCUUCAGAACAAGUUGUUAAAUCAUGAUUUUGCAGAACCUUUGGUUUGGACAGUUUCUUUUUUUCUUUUUCUUUUUCUUUUUGGAUUUGGGAUAGAUUACAUAGGAGUAUGAAGUAUGCUGUAAAUAAAAUACAAGCUAGUGCUUUGUCUUAGUAGUUUUAAGUAAUAAAAGCAAACAAAUUUAAGUUUUCUUGUAUUGAAAAUAACCUAUGAUUGUAUGUUUUGCAUUCCUAGAAGUAGGUUAACUGUGUUUUUAAAUUGUUAUAACUUCACACCUUUUUGAAAUCUGCCCUACAAAAUUUGUUUGGCUUAAACGUCAAAGCCGUGACAAUUUGUUCUUUGAUGUGAUUGUAUUUCCAAUUUCUUGUUCAUGUAAGAUUUCAAUAAAACUCAAAAAACUAUUCAAAACAUUACCUAUUUCAAAUUCAAUUGUGUCCUAAAACAUUAUUUUAUUCGUAAUCCUUGCAAGGAAUAUUGUUUUCAAAGUAUAACUGCCUAUGUGAGUGAUCAAAUUCAUGCAAAAAUUCUUGUCUAUUCCAAUAUGUAUUGUAAAUAUCAGAUUGAGGAUUAGUCUAAAUUCAAGUAUUUAUUCCAAAUAGCAUUUCAUUGAUUGGUGUUCUCUCAUAAUCUCUUUUAAUUUUGAAAUUUUAUUCUUAAAAACAAAACAGAUUCAAAGGUUUGGAACAGAUAUUGGAUAAUUGGACAAUUUGCCUUAAAGCAAAAUGGAGCUGGGGAAGCAGACUGCAAUUUAUUUUGACCCACACUGUCAAGGAUAAUUUGUGGCUGAAGACCUUAUUUGCUGGAUACGUGAAUGCACAUUCAGAAAAAUACUGUUAGUAUCGUGGCGUCAUUUGCACUGCGAACUAAACUUCACUUUUAAUAGUCAUGACCAACCCUACUACUUGAGUUACGCUUUAGGAACAUGACUUCCUAUUGCAGUAUAAAUUUGCUUUGAGAAGCCAGUUAAGCCUUGAAAGGCUUUUAAAUAUCUGACUAGUCAUAUCUGACUUUCUGUUAACACCUCUUUUUCCUUUUUUAUUUUUGCUGUGUCAUGUGGCUAAGAUUUUGUUGGCCAAGUAUUCAUUUUCUUUAGAAAUUCUAACUUAUUCUAAUGACUUUUUUGCUUCAGAAUGAAGAGAGCACAAGAAAAUUUUAUAGUGCAGAGAAAGUCCAGAUCACUUUCAAAUUACUAGCGAAGUUUCCCUUCUAUUUUAUUCUUAGAUGAUUCUAAGUCUCUAUUUUUCUUCUGUGCUGGGAAUUGAACCCAGGGCCUUGCACAUGCUAAGCAAGCACUCUACCACAAGCAGCUGUACCUUAGCCCCUGUAAAAAAAAAAAAAAAUUAUAAAACUGUAAGCCACUGGGAAACAAUCAAAAUGGACAGACCAUUAUUCUCUGCUUUGUCUCUGCUCGGUGUCUCUGUGAAAGCAAUAUUAUUAGAUCCAGAAGCAUAAGCCAUCCCUUGUGAGCAUGGUGAGAUCAUGUUUUCAGUUUCAUGACUUUAUUUUGAGUUAAAAAUUAAUGUUUUCUGACAAAUCUCAUUCUUUUUCAAAGUUUACUUACUAUACAGCAUAAUAAUUUAACAGGCCUUAUUAAUAUUCCUCUUAUUUUUAAGAAAUUGGUAAAGGAAUUAUGUGGUCUGUUGUAGCUGUACGUUAACAAGGGUAUUACUUGGUUAGGAUUAGAGUUUAUUGGUUUUUCUUAUGCCUAUGUAAGCAAAUAAAGACACCAAAAAUACUUUAUUACUUUUGAACUUUGGAAUUAUAAGUCUGAAUUAGACUUAAAGCACCGAUUUUUUUUUUUCUUGGAAAGAAUAAAAUAUACAAGUAAAAGCUGAGUUGCUAAUAUUUUUUUUUUUUGAAAAUUAGAUGUUAACAAGCUAGUCAUGAAGAAAACUAAAGCAAUUUAUUAUUCUUCUAAUACACCCCUAAAAUUAAACCCUAAACAUAAAAAAACUUGAAUUUCAUGUCAAAAUUACUUAACUGUACAUAGUAUUUUGAAUUUCAAAGUGGAUACUUCUUCCCCUGUCCCUCUCACUUAUUAAAAGUAUAUUUGCAGAACUUUCCUUUAAUACUUGCUUUACAGGCUUUUACUUAUUUACCCAAAAACAUAGUCCUGUAAACAUUAAACCUCACUUAAGUGUUCAGAGCUUUCCCUUGAUGUUUUGUAAAUUAUCACUUGCAGCAGCAUUCAGAAAAAGUAUAGAGCUCAUCUUUUUACAGAAAUCUAAUAUUGUCUUAAUGUGAACAUUAAAACUUCAAUCAAGGAACGUAUUCCUAUGUAUAAACUGUCCCCCCCCCCAAAAAAAAAAACAAA